CUUCGAAAGAUUGGUACCCGACGAUCAUUGUUGCCAUGUUCAAUCUUGGUGACUUUUUGUCGCGUUUCCUGUUGUUUUUCAAACGUCUGCGGCCCUCACCGCGAUUUGUGCUGGCUGGGUCGUUCUUGCGCACGCUCAUCGUUCCGUUUCUGGUGCUGUGUUUGCGCGGGAUCAUCCCUGGUGACGUCCCCCCGUACAUUAUGUGCCUGUUGUGGGGUCUGACCAACGGCUACUUUGGUGGGAUGGCGAUGAUCCAUUGCACCCGCACGCCGUCGCUGACGAUGGCCGGUCAGCGCUCCAUUGCCGGCAUCAUGGCAAGCCUGUCACUCCUGCUGGGCCUGUUUUUGGGUUCCUCCCUGGCCAUGGCGGUGAUGAAAGGACUGCCGCGAUAG